AUGGCUCGCAGCCUGGAGGACGCCCGGCGCCCGUGCGCCCUGCUACUUCUCCUGUGUGGUUUUCAGGAAUACAUGCGUAAAAAACUGGUAAACUGUAUUCAGUACCAAAUAAAUUAUUUUAUUUUACAGAUCUGCUUUAACUUUGGAAAUGGACUUCAUUUAGAGACCUUAAACACAAGAAAUGAAAAUAAGCUGCUUCCUAAACACACUCACUUAGUGCGGCAAAAACGGGCCUGGAUCACUGCUCCGGUGUCUCUUCGGGAAGGAGAGAAUCUGUCUAAGAAGAAUCCAAUUGCCAAGAUACAUUCUGAUGUUGCAGAAGAAAGAGGACUGAAAAUUACAUACAAAUACACUGGAAAAGGGAUUACAGAGCCACCUUUUGGUAUAUUUAUAUUUAACAAAGACACUGGAGAACUGAAUGUUACCAGCAUUCUUGAUCGAGAAGAAACGCCAUUUUUCCUGCUAACGGGUUAUGCUUUGGAUGAAAAAGGAAACAACCUGGAAAAACCAUUAGAACUAAGAAUUAAAGUCCUUGAUAUCAAUGACAAUGAGCCAGUGUUCACACAGGAUGUCUUUGUUGGGUCUAUCGAAGAAAUGAGUGCAGCACAUACGUUUGUGAUGAAAAUCAAUGCAACAGAUGCAGAUGAGCCCAAUACUCUGAAUUCUAAAAUUUCCUAUAGAAUUGUAUCUCAGGAGCCUUCUUCUCCUCCAAUGUUCUACCUAAAUAUUGACACAGGAGAGAUUUCUACAACAUCUUUUCAAUUGGACAGAGAGGAACACAGCAGCUAUACUUUGAUAGUGGAAGCAAGAGAUGGCAGUGGCCAAGUAACAGAUAAACCAGUAAAACAAGCUCAAGUUCAGAUUCAUAUUUUGGAUGUCAAUGACAAUAUACCUGUAGUGGAAAAUGAAAUGUAUGAAGGAUCUAUUCAAGAAAAUCAAGUCAAUGUAGAAGUUAUGCGCAUAAAAGUGUUCGAUGCAGAUGAAAUAGGCUCUGAUAAUUGGUUAGCAAAUUUUACAUUUGCAUCAGGAAAUGAAGGGGGUUAUUUCCAUAUAGAAACUGAUACUCUAACUAAUGAAGGAAUUGUAACCCUUAUUAAGGAAGUAGAUUAUGAAGAAAUGAAGAAUCUUGACUUCAGUAUUAUAGUCACUAAUAAAGCGGCUUUCCACAAAUCAGUGAAGAAUAAAUACAAGCCUACAUCCAUUCCCAUUAAAGUAAAGGUGAAAAAUGUGCAAGAAGGCAUUCAUUUCAAAAGCAGCACAAUCUCAGCUCACGCCAGUGAGAGCAUGGAUCGAUCAAGCAGAGGCAGGAUCAUUGGAAAAUUUCACGUUUUUGAUGAAGACACUGGACAGCCAGCCCGUGUAAAAUAUGCAAAAUUGGAAGACAGAGACAAUUGGAUCUCUAUUGAUUCUGUUACAUCUGAAAUAAAACUUGUAAAAAUUCCUGAUUUUGAAUCCAGAUAUGUCAGAAAUGGUACAUACACUGCAAAGAUUUUGGCUAUAUCAGAAGACUACCCUAGAAAAACCAUCACUGGCACCGUUGUUGUCACAGUUGAAGACAUCAAUGACAAUUGUCCCCGACUGGUGAAUCCAGUGCAAAGGGUCUGUGAUGAGGCACCCUAUGUGAAUGUUACUGCUGAGGACCUGGAUGGACACCAGAACAGUGGGCCUUUCAGUUUCUCUGUCAUUGAUAAACCACCUGGGAUGGCAGAAAAAUGGAAAAUAGUACAGCAAGAAAGUACCAGUGUAUUGCUGCAACAGAGUGAACGAAAGCUUGGGCAAAGUGAAAUCCAAUUCCUGAUUAAAGAUGUGCAGGGCUUCAGUUGCCCUGAAAACCAGAUCCUUAAACUCAGUGUCUGUAAGUGCCUGGAUGGCAGUGGCUGUGUGGAAGCACUGCGUGACUCCAGUGUUGGCUUGGGACCUGCAGCAAUUGCGCUAAUCAUUUUGGCCCUUCUGCUCUUGCUAUUGGUGCCACUUUUACUGCUGAUGUGCCAUUGUGGAGAGGGAACCAAGGGCUUUGCUCCCAUACCUGGGACUAUCGAGAUGCUGCACCCUUGGAAUAAUGAAGGAGCACCACCUGAGGACAAGGCGAUGCCACCACUUCUGGCAACAGAUCAUAGGGACAGUCUAGCAGUGGGAAAUGGAAUAGGAGGUGCAUUAACCAAGGAAGUCACUGUGAAAGGAAGUAGCUCUGCUUCCUUUACCAAAGGGCUGCAUGAGAUGUCUGAGGUGGAUGCCGGAUGGGCAGAACACAGAAGCCUUCUUUCUCGUGGGGCUACCCAAGUCACAGGCACAACAGGAGUUGUCACAGGCACUGAGACCACAAGGACCACAAGAGCCACAGGGGUUACCAGAGACAUAGCUGGAGCUCGAGUUGCUGCUGGUGCAGUGAAUGACGAGUUUCUAAGAAACUAUUUCACUGAAAAAGCAGCCUCAUACACUGAAGAUGAUGACGUUCACACAGCCAAAGAUUGCCUUCUGGUUUAUUCUCAGGAAGUAACUGACUCUCUCCAUGGUUCUAUUGGCUGUUGCAGUUUUAUUGAAGGAGAGCUAGAUGACCUCUCCUUAGAUGAUUUGGGAUUUAAAUUCAAGACACUAGCAGAAGUUUGCAUAGGUCAGAAAAUAGACAUGGCUAUGGAAAUGGAGCAGGGGCAAAAACCUGUCACAGAAACAAGUAUGAGCACAUCUUCACAUUCACACUAUGAGCAGACUAUGGUUAAUUUGGAAAAUACCUACUCCUCUGGCAAUAGCUCUCAAGUUCCAAAACCUUUGCAUGAAGUGAGUGCAGAGAAAGCAACUCAGGAAGUAGUCACUGAAAGGUCCAUGUCUUCUAGGCUGGGUCAGAAGGUGGCUACAUCUCUUCCUGAUCCAUUGGUUCCCAGUAAUAUAAUAGUGACAGAAACAUCCUAUGCCACAGGCUCCACCAUGCAACCUAGCACUGUGAUCUUGGGUUCUAGACAACCACAAGGUCUGAUUGUGACAGAGAGGUUGUAUGCUCCAGCAUCUACUUUGGUAGAGCAGCAUUAUGCUAAUAAAAGUAAUGUCUUGGUCACUGAACAAGUAAUACAGCCUAAUGAGGGCCUACUGAAUCCUCUCGAGGUCCCUCAGCAUCUGCCAGAUGCACAUUAUGUCAUGGUGAGGGAAAGAGAGAGGAUCCUGGCCCCUGGCUCUGGUGUACAGCCUCCUUUGGCCAUGCCUAGUGUAGAAGUGGGGCAGAAUGUGACAGUCACAGAAAGAGUGCUAACAUCUACUUCCACUCUGUAACCCAGUUACCAAGUUCCUGCUGAAACAUCUACGAUGGCUAGGAAGACCAUGGUUUCUGGAGCUCAUGUCACUGGGCAUUUGCCAAAUUUUGGUUUAGAGGCGUCUGCUCAUUCUAAUUCGACCAUAACCACAUCUUCCACCAGAGUCACCAAGCACAGCACUGUACAGCAGUCUUAA